CAUGAUGACUACAAACUCUCUCUGGAUUGGCCUUUUCAGGGACUCCUGGAACUGGUGGGAUGGAAGUAGCUCCUCCUUCAGGUACUGGAGCUCGGGACAACCUUCUGGUUUGUCUGCGUCUUGUGUGGCAGCAGAUUUUCGUAACUCUGGAAAAUGGGCGAACCAUGACUGCAGCUUGAGGAAACCAUUCAUUUGCUAUGAUCCAAGGCAGAAUGAGACAAGUCAGUACUAUUUUGUUUACGACCUGAAGACCAUGACUGAAGCACGAGAUUACUGUAGAAAGAGAAACGCAGAACUGGCAACUAUACACGACAUGCAGGACGUGACAACGCUGAACAACAUGGCAGAUUUAAGCCAGAUGCUCAGCUCCUCAGGACAAGCCUGGAUAGGGCUGUAUGGUGAAACAGACAGCUGGAGAUGGUCACUGUCAAACACAAGUGUCUAUGAAGACGUGGGGAUGGAGUUCAGACCAUGGUAUCCUGGAUACCCGCGAAAUCAUCACUGCAUAUUGAUUUCUACGAAUGGACAAUGGUAUGACAACAGUUGUGAAUCGCUCUAUCAUGCAGCCUGCAUGGAUGUCAGAGGAACAAAUGCAACAUUCGUCAUCACUCCAAACAGAAUGACAUGGACCGAGGCCCAGAGCUACUGCAGAAAGCACCACACCGACCUGGCCAGUUUGAGAAACCAAGCAGAGAACGCGCAGGUAAAGAACAUGAUGACUACAGAAUCUCUCUGGAUUGGCCUUUUCAGGGACUCCUGGAACUGGUGGGAUGGAAGUAGCUCCUCCUUCAGGUACUGGAGCUCGGGGAAGCCUACUGGUUUGUCUGCAGGUUGUGUGGCAGCAGAUUUUCGUAACUCUGGAAAAUGGGCGAACCAUGACUGCAGCUUGAGGAAACCAUUCAUUUGCUAUGAUCCAAGGCAGAAUGAGACAAGUCAGUACUAUUUUGUUUACGACCUGAAGACCAUGACUGAAGCACGAGAUUACUGUAGAAAGAGAAACGCAGAACUGGCAACUAUACACGACAUGGAGGACGUGACAAGGCUGAACAACAUGGCAGAUUUAAGCCUGAUGCUCAGCUCCUCAGGACAAGCCUGGAUAGGGCUGUAUGGUGAAACAGACAGCUGGAGAUGGUCACUGUCAAACACAAGUGUCUAUGAAGACGUGGGGACGGUGUUCAGACCAUGGUAUCCUGGAUACCCGCGAAAUCAUCACUGCAUAUUGAUUAAUACGAAUGGACAAUGGUAUGACAACAGUUGUGAAUCGCUCUAUCAUGCAGCCUGCAUGGAUGUCAGAGGAACAAAUGUGACGUUUGUCAUCACUCCAAACCCCAUGACAUGGACCGAGGCCCAGAGCUACUGCAGAGAGCACCACACCGACCUGGCCAGUUUGAGAAACCAAGCAGAGAACGAGCAGGUAAAGAACAUGAUGACUACAGACUCUCUCUGGAUUGGCCUUUUCAGGGACUCCUGGAACUGGUGGGAUGGAAGUAGCUCCUCCUUCAGGUACUGGAGCUCGGGGAAGCCUACUAGUUUGUCUGCAGGUUGUGUGGCAGCAGAUUUUCGUAACUCUGGAAAAUGGGCGAACCAUUACUGCAGCUUGAGGAAACCAUUCAUUUGCUAUGAUCCAAGGCAGAAUGAGACAAGUCAGUACUAUUUUGUUUACGACCUGAAGACCAUGACUGAAGCACGAGAUUACUGUAGAAAGAGAAACGCAGAACUGGCAACUAUACACGACAUGGAGGACGUGACAAGGCUGAACAACAUGGCAGAUUUAAGCCUGAUGGCCAGCUCCUCAGGACAAGCCUGGAUAGGGCUGUAUGGUGAAACAGACAGCUGGAGAUGGUCACUGUCAAACACAAGUGGCUAUGAAGACGUGGGGACGGUGUUCAGACCAUGGUAUCCUGGAUACCCGCGAAAUCAUCACUGCAUAUUGAUUUAUACGAAUGGACAAUGGUAUGACAACAGUUGUGAAUCGCUCUAUCAUGCAGCCUGCAUGGAUGUCAGAGGAACAAAUGCAACAUUCGUCAUCACUCCAAACAGAAUGACAUGGACCGAGGCCCAGAGCUACUGCAGAGAGCACCACACCGACCUGGCCAGUUUGAGAAACCAAGCAGAGAACGAGCAGGUAAAGAACAUGAUGACUACAGACUCUCUCUGGAUUGGCCUUUUCAGGGACUCCUGGAACUGGUGGGAUGGAAGUAGCUCCUCCUUCAGGUACUGGAGCUCGGGGAAGCCUACUAGUUUGUCUGCAGGUUGUGUGGCAGCAGAUUUUCGUAACUCUGGAAAAUGGGCGAAUCAUUACUGCAACUUGAGGAAACCAUUCAUUUGCUAUGAUCCAAGGCAGAAUGAGACAAGUCAGUACUAUUUUGUUUACGACCUGAAGACCAUGACUGAAGCACGAGAUUACUGUAGAAAGAGAAACGCAGAACUGGCAACUAUACACGACAUGGAGGACGUGACAAGGCUGAACAACAUGGCAGAUUUAAGCCUGAUGCUCAGCUCCUCAGCACAAGCCUGGAUAGGGCUGUAUGGUGAAACAGACAGCUGGAGAUGGUCACUGUCAAACACAAGUGUCUAUGAAGACGUGGGGACGGUGUUCAGACCAUGGUAUCCUGGAUACCCGGGAAAUCAUCACUGCAUAUUGAUUUAUACGAAUGGACAAUGGUAUGACAACAGUUGUGAAUCGCUCUAUCAUGCAGCCUGCAUGGAUGUCAGAGGAACAAAUGUGACGUUUGUCAUCACUCCAAACCCCAUGACAUGGACCGAGGCCCAGAGUUACUGCAGAGAGCACCACACCGACCUGGCCAGUUUGAGAAACCAAGCAGAGAACGAGCAGGUAAAGAACAUGAUGACUACAGACUCUCUCUGGAUUGGCCUUUUCAGGGACUCCUGGAACUGGUGGGAUGGAAGUAGCUCCUCCUUCAGGUACUGGAGCUCGGGGAAGCCUACUAGUUUGUCUGCAGGUUGUGUGGCAGCAGAUUUUCGUAACUCUGGAAAAUGGGCGAAUCAUUACUGCCACUUGAGGAAACCAUUCAUUUGCUAUGAUCCAGGGCAGAAUGAGACAAGUCAGUACUAUUUUGUUUACGACCUGAAGACCAUGACUGAAGCACGAGAUUACUGUAGAAAGAGAAACGCAGAACUGGCAACUAUCCACAACAUGGAGGACGUGACAAGGCUGAACAACAUGGCAGAUUUAAGCCUGAUGCUCAGCUCCUCAGCACAAGCCUGGAUAGGGCUGUAUGGUGAAACAGGCAGCUGGAGAUGGUCACUGUCAAACACAAGUGGCUAUGAAGACGUGGGGACGGUGUUCAGACCAUGGUAUCCUGGAUACCCGGGAAAUCAUCACUGCAUAUUGAUUAAUACGAAUGGACAAUGGUAUGACAACAGUUGUGAAUCGCUCUAUCAAGCAGCCUGCAUGGAUGUCAGAGGAACAAAUGUGACGUUUGUCAUCACUCCAAACCCCAUGACAUGGACCGAGGCCCAGAGCUACUGCAGAAAGCACCACACCGACCUGGCCAGUGUGAGAAACCAAGCAGAGAACGAGCAGGUAAAGAACAUGAUG